CACGAAAGAGGGAAGGGUUUUUCGGUGCACAAAAGGAGAGAGUGCUUUGAUAUCUUCUUCUUUCCUCUUCGUCGCAACCUCGUAGAAGCAAGCAAGAAAAAAGAAGAGACAACAAGAGAGAAAAGGUUGGGAACGUCGUCGUUUCUCCUCGGAUCUGAGAGAGGGAGAGGGGUUAGGGCGAGAGUCAUGAGCGCCAAGGGAGGAGGAAGGGUUGGGGCCAGCAACAAUGGCAAGAACAGUACUGGGAUUUCGUCCAUACCUGCAGGGUCAAGGAAGCUGGUGCAGACUGUGAAGGAGAUUGUGAACUCUCCCGAUGCGGAGAUCUACACCAUGCUUAAGGCCUGUAACAUGGACCCUAACGAGGCUGUCAAUAGCCUCCUCGCCCAAGAUCCUUUUCAUGAGGUGAAGAGCAAACGGCACAAGAAAAAAGAGAAUAAGGAUUCAACGGAUCCCAGAUCUCAUGGUGCUUCUAACACUUCGAACCGUAGUGGCAGGGGUGGUGCAGAUCGUUAUGGUGGACGUGGUGGGUCAAGCCAGUUCAGCUCUAGUGAGUCGAGUUUUUCACAAAGCAAGCCUUCAUACAAGAAGGAAAAUGGAACACAUGCUUCUGGAGGCUCGUCAUCUUGUGCUUCUGGUACUGCUGGGAACAACAUAAACUGGAAACAUCCACCCAAUAGCGACUAUUAUGUCAAUACAGAAAGUAAAAUGUCAGUAGCAGGCUCGCGUGAUGCGAUCUCCUCAUCCUUGCAACCUUCUUCUGGAAUGCAACCCGCUUGGGUCGGUAUUCCUGGUCAGUUAUCGAUGGCAGACAUUGUGAAGAUGGGUAAGCCUCAAAAUAGGGCCCCUUCGAUACCAAAUCCACCUCAUCACAGUGGUGACUUACCAGCAGAUUAUCUUCCCACGCUAUCACAGAUGAACACUGAACCAGAAUUUGCUACAAGUUAUCCUGUUUCUUCCAAUGAUGAAUGGCCAUCAAUAGAGCGGCCACCUGCUCCUAGUGCGCCUGCCGUUUUAGCUGCAGAUUCUGAGUUUUAUACAGAUUCAUCUAAGUUGCAUGUGGACAAAGGUCACCAGCAUAUGAAGUCCCAGUUAGACGAUGUCCCGAUAGCAGAUGAUGGUCCUGUUGAAUCUUUGAAUGCAAAUCAUGUUAGACCUGCUUCUAUAUCCAGUACAAGCACACAGGAGGACAAUUCUAGAGAUUCAUCUCUAUAUGAUGAUAAUUUGUAUGGUAACAUAGGUUCGUACCAGGCUCACAGGAAUGCUUUUGAGCCUAAUGAAGCUGAAGAUGGUGCUUCAUUACUGACUGCGAACUUGCAGCAACUGAGUUUACAGAACAAUGAUGUGGUGGUCCAACCUGAAGAGGAUGAUCCUUCUGUUGUGAUUCCGGAUCACUUGCAAGUUCAUAUGCAGGAUUGUGCACACCUGAGCUUUGGAAGUUUUGGUUCUGGUUUCAGUUCUGCCUUUUCUGGUCCUUUUGCCUCGAUGCCAAUGAAAAAUGACUCGGAGGAGACAAUUGAAGCACCAGAUGCCUCAUCGAUGGGAUACUCAGACACGAGAAACCCCGAGUAUUAUGGAGAUGAACAUCUCAGAAAUAGCCCAGAUGAAAAUUUUGUUCAUAAAGCUGGUGUCAAUGCUAGUAGUUACGAUUCUCCUUCAGUUUCACAGCCAGAGGUGUUGAAACAGGAAACCACUGAAGCUCCUCGAGGGAAUCAAUAUGCAUUUCCUUCUUCUUCGCCUAAUUAUACUUAUGAUAACACCCAGCAGUUGAAUACUGCAUUGAAUCACCAAGAGAUGAGCUCGCAGAUUCAGAAUCUCUCUCCUUUCUCAAGUAUGAUGGCGUAUACAAAUUCAUUACCCAGCACUUUGUUGGCUUCAAAUGUUCAAGCUGGGAGGGAGCCUGAUCUUCCAUACUCACCCUUCCCUGUGAUGCAGUCAGUGUCCACUAAGUACAGCGACACAGAUUCUUCCAUCAGUGGUCCAAGCAUUUCAAUGUCUGAGGCUUUGAGACAAGGUGGUAUCUCGACACAACAGCCAACUCCACAGACCCUGCCUGGUGCAAGUGUUGCCACAGGACCUGCUCUUCCACAGCACCUUGCUGUGCACCCCUAUUCUCAACCUACCCUUCCUUUGGGACAUUUUGCCAAUAUGAUUGGCUAUCCUUUCUUGCCUCAGAGUUACACAUACAUGCCAUCUGCAUUCCAACAAGCAUUUUCUGGUAAUAAUACAUACCAUCAGUCUUUGGCAGCAAUGCUCCCACAAUAUAAAAAUAGUGUUCCUGUCAGUAGCUUGCCUCAGACCUCUGCAAUUGCCUCUGGCUAUGGAUUUGGAAGUUCAACCAGCGCUCCUGGAGGAAACUUUCCUCUGAAUUCCCCCACUGCUCCUGCAGGAACAACCAUAGGCUAUGAUGAUGUUUUAAGUUCGCAGUACAAGGAUGGCAAUCAUUUGAUCUCACUUCAACAGAAUGAUAACUCGGGUAUGUGGGUUCAAGGGCCUGGUUCACGAACAAUGUCUGCUGUCCCUGGAAGCACAUAUUACAGUUUCCAGGGACAGAAUCAGCAGCCUGGUGGGUUUCGGCAAGGUCAGCAGCCAUCUCAGCAUUUUGGUGCUCUUGGAUACCCGAAUUUCUACCAUUCUCAGACGGGUAUAUCACUGGAGCAGCAGCAGCAACAAAACACUAGAGAUGGUUCUCUUGGUGGUUCCCAAGGCCAACAACAGCCUAAGCAGACCCAACAGUUAUGGCAGAAUAACUACUAACUUCAUUCUCCUCCUGGUUUUUCAGGGUCUUUGUAGUUGAGUUUGAAAGUGGCCAAUCAAAGGGCUUCCUUGCGAUUGAAUAAUUGAAACACUGUUUUACUGGUCUAAAAGAGACCUUGGCUGGCUACUGCCCUGUGCCUUGAGGGGUUUGUAUUCUAGAUAUUUAUUUGCGUGGCUAUGUAAUGUAGGAUCACACGUGUGCUUGUUUGGGUUAGUGGACUAUCCUUACCAACCCCCUUACCCCGAACUCAUAAUUUGCUCUCUUUUUCCCCUUUAUUUCAAGUCCCUUGUAAUUUGUUUUGAUUAGCUGAUUACGUAACAUAACCAAUUUCUCUUUCCAGUGACAGUGAUAUCCGUCUUUAUUUUA